AUGUCGCUCGCUACCAUCGGCAGAAAGCACUAUGUGAGCCAGAGUGCUCUGGAGGCAGUACUGAAGGAAGUGGCUGCAUGCCCUGAAGUCCUUGACUCAGCCUCCCGGCGAGGCAUCAAAAGGGCACGGGAUUCCGAGCUGGAGGCAGAGACUCCUCAUGGCCCUUUGGUGGCCAAGAUUACAGUACCUGUGGAGGUGAAGAGCCGAAAGGCAGCUGGAGACGAGGAGGUGAAGAUCGUGCCGACAGAGCUGCCGAUCCUCAACCUGAUGGCAUGGAUAUGGCAUGUUUGCCAGUCCAUGCCUGGUGUAGCUGCCUUUUUCCAAAGGCAGCUAUCGAAGUACCCGUGCACAGCAACCAGCCCAUGGCGCAUGGCUUUAUACAAUGAUGAGAUUAGUCCUGGCAACCAACUAAAAGCCAGCAACACCAGGAAGAUCCAAGGGUACUACCUCAGUUUUCUCGAGUUUGACGCCGAAGGCCGAUGCCAAGAAAACCUUUGGUUCCCUUUGAACUUGACUCGGUCUUCGGUGGUCAACAAGAUCCAGGGCGGGCUGUCUGCACUCACCCACAUUCUGGUCUCCUCGGAAUCGUUCCUGAACCUCCAGUCGGGCUGUUUGCUGAACAUGCCAACUGGGGAACGGGUCAUGUUCUUCGCGAAACUGCAUACUGUAGUUGCAGACGAGGCAGCUUUGAAAUCUAUGUACGACUUCAAGGGCUCCAGUGGGACUUUGGUUUGCCCGCUAUGUGCCAACAUAACAAGCAAGACCCACGGUGAUCUGCCAGCAAAUGACCACUCGGGAGAAUUGCAUGACAUAUCAUGCAUCGACAGCAAUCUGUUUGUCCGCAGAACCGACAAUCAGAUCUUCACUGCACAGGCACUGCUGGCGAGAAGGCAACCCAUCCUGAGCAAGAAGGAUUUUUCCUUGCUCGAGUCCAGCAUGGGCUUGAACUUCAACCCAUGUGGAGUGCUUGCUCACAAAAGCAUGCCGCUUGUGAAAUGCUUGAUGUGGGAUUGGAUGCAUUGUUAUGUGGUAAGCGGCCUCCUGCACGUGGAAUUGAGCUUACUCUUGCCACUCUUGCAUGUGCAGGGUGCAACAUUUCAGGUGAUCCAGAGCUUUAUCUCAGAGUACGAAUGGCCUCACAACCUGAAGAACCGGAGAAGAGAAAUCUUGCAUUUGUUCGACAAAAGGAGCAAACCUUCUGAGUUCAAGGCCGGUGCUUCGCAGUGCAUCACUGUCUAUCCCUUGCUGCGGCUUUUCUUGCUGACUCAUCACUUUGACACAAUGGACGACGAACUUCGGCGAUGCAUCAGAUCCUUUAUGAAGAUUUGUAUGGUUCUCGACCUCCUGCUUGAAUGCAAUCGGACUGGGAACCUGUCGCCGGACGAGCUCGAGAAUGCGAUUCGGGCCCAUAGCCAAGCUUUCCUUAAGGCAUAUGGAGAGCAGCACUGUAUACCGAAGUUCCACUAUAGCCUCCAUCUUCCCCUGAUGGCUCGAGACAGGCCUCUGAUUUCCUGUUUUACACACGAACGAAAGCAUCGGCAAGUGAAGCAGUUUGCUGACAACACGAAGAAAGUGACCGACUGGUUCGAAGCUUCACUCUUUAAAGAUGUUUUGGGCAGGGCUCUUCUGGAUCUGUCUGAGCAUGCUGGCUUCAUGCGGCCCCAUUUGAAGUCCCCCAAGUCUGUCACUGAUGGCACUUUGCUGUGGCACCUGGGGCAGACAUUCGGGUUUCAGACUCUUGAGCAUGUGCAGUCGGCCAUGCAGGCCGAGGUCUGCCCAGGACAGACUUGCGAGAGGGGUGACCUGGUGCUGCUUAAGACGGGGUCCGUUGCAGAGGUGUGGUUGUUUUGCCGGUUGCAGCAUGGCGAGCUCCUGGCUCUGUUGAGUGUGCUUGAGCCACAAGGGAAGAAUCUCUUCCGGGUCAAGCAGGACGGAGCCCAGUUCAUGCGAGUGGCCGAGAUCAGUCGAACCUGCCUCUUCAAACGCAUGAGUGCAGACAGCAUGCUGGAAGGUCGAGAAGACGGGCAGCCCGUCUCCUGCAAGCCAUCUGGUCCCGAUCCGUCAUGGGACUCCUGGCCGACCUCGGGGACCUUGCUCCUCACGUUGAGGAAGCUUGCGGCUUCCUGCAACCCAUUCGCUCAUGCGGCAGUGCACGAUGGAGGCCUCUUCCUGUGCCCUGAACCGGGGCGGCGGGCCUAUUCGCCGCUUUGCCUUUGUCAACACAACCGCUGCAACCCCUGGCCCUUGCUGAUGUCCUUCGUCAUGAUUGCACCCUCGCAGAUAACCGACUGGAGCAGUCCCAAGCCAUCCCCCAAGGACAUGCAGUCAAUCAUGAAAGCAUGGUUGGUCUGGGCGGACAGAGAUAUGCCGAAAAAGCUAUUCGCCCAUCUUGCCCAAAGUCAGCCGGAGCAUCCCCUAUCAGACCAAGACCAAGCCGACCUCGUUCAAAUCGCCUGCCGAAGUCAUGGAAUGGGACUAUGA